AUUCCAUGAAUAAAAAUGAGAAUGAAUAUGAAUAUAAGUUGAUCCAAGAUCACCAUCAUUUUCAUAAUUUCAUAUUCCAUAUUCUUUAUCACUCUACAAACUCCUUUUCCAUUUGCCUUUGGCUCAUCCAAAGUAAAAAUCAAUCGUGGGUUCCAUCAAUUCUCAUCCUAUGUCGGAAAAGUAUUGUUGCAUGAUCAUGAGAAUCAACGUCGACUGCAAUUCUUGUUGCAGAAAAUUAAGGAGAAUCAUUCUACGGAUGAAAGUAAUAGAGAACCAUUUGAUAGAGAAGCAGCAGCGUAGGGUAUGUGUGUUUGGCAGAUUUGAACCAGCUGAUGUUGCAAUAAAGAUAAAGAAGAAGAUGAACAGAAGAGUUGAAAUCCUUGAAGUUCAAGAAAUGGAAGCAGAAGUUGAAAACGAAGGAGAAUAGAAAGCAGAUAGAACAGAGAAUAAUAGCAACCAUGCCAUGCAUGAGACAGUGUAUAUAAUAGGUUAAUUGCAAAUGUGGUUGCAUCUCAAACUGUACUUGGAAAUUGAAGUUGUUGAAUUUGAAGGAACUAAAAUAGGAUAAUGAAAAAACAAAGACACCAUUUGCAUGUACAAUUCUUGGAUUUAUUUAAUUUUAUUU